AGGUACAUACUUAUUUCAUCCCUACCACGGACAAAUGUCACGACAAAACUCGCUAUUGUUUACAACAGAAGCUCAUCACAUUGUCAAAGUGAUAUGCCUUUGUUUACUGUGUACAUAUUAAACACAACUUCCCCUGGACAAACAAAACUCCGCUUUCAAAUCUUUUGUUCAUCAAAACACUGAAUAUUAGUGAAUCUACAUGCAAGAGGAAUACGAGAUAUCUUGUGACCCAAAGGUGCACAGGAGACUAGAUCAGGCCAAGCUCUCUCUGAUCAUCAGUCAGAUCAGUCACACAACUUUUUGGAAUUUUUCGUUGUAGUGCUUCUGGCUACCUAUCUCUGUUGUGUAAAUAUCGAUAAUUGUUUAUUAGUUUUUUUAGCAAAAUCAAAUUGUGCAGCAAUCAAAGGUAUCUACCAGAUUUUUGCACUCGAUCUGUCGCAUGACACAUAUCGACACAUAUGAAAGAUGAAAGCCUCAACAUUCUUUUGUCUCUUUAAUAAUGUCUAGGUUUGACCCCUGAUGAGCUUUCUCAUCUUGCUGCAUCAGGUGAUCGAGACUGGCUGUCAACUGACCAUGUAACAUGGGUAUCGAGUCAAUUAAAUACCAUGCAACAGGAUACGAUGGUUUUGUGCCCUAACACCGUAGUCAACUUUGCUAAUGAAAUGAGCAGGAAAAGUAAACUGUUUAACUUUGGAACUCUUAAGCGGCUCGCAUUACUUGUAAAGUCGGGAAAAGAAAUGGCAAGACCUUCAUCGGUGGCAUGAGAAAUUCAGGGAAUCACUGGGUCAUGGAAGUUGUUGAGUUGCGGCCCUUCAAGCGUAUCAUAUACUGUGACACGCUGGCUUGGGAUCCCCCGUCAAAUAUUUUAGAAGUGGUAAACAGCUUUACAAACCACAGACCCCCUGUUGGAAGUUACGAUAGUUCUAGCAUUUGCACUGUUCACUCCCCUUUGGCUACGUCUUCUCAAUUGGUCCAGGUCCUGGAGAUGUCGUAACUACCCAUUUCAGACUUGGUGUGGCAUAUGUGGAGUCAUUGCUGUCAUCAGUGCAGUGCUUGCGACAUUAGACAGAACACUUUUUCAGUUCUUCAUUGGCCCCUAUGUUAAAGAGGCAAUCUAUCUACAAUGCCUGAGCCAACAUUUCUACUGUUUGAGAAGAGUCUUGAUGUCCUGGUUUGCUGAAGGCCGCAUCGACAUUGAUUAUGUUUUGCUGCAGCCUGGCUGGCGCGAUAAUGUUGCAACUAAGUCUAACCACUCCUUUAGCCUACGCCGAGACACGGCUGGCAAUUCCAAGAAAAACUUCAAGUUAUCACUUGACCGUAAAGCGCUGUCAUCGUGUGGGUCGACUCCAGGAACAGCACAGGGUCAUUCACCCUCUUAAGAACAUUCAGUUCCAGCAGCUUCUUCAGCCCGCUCUGCUACUAGGACCCACACCUAUGUGUCUGAAGCAAGUAAUUCCUUGAAUAGUUCAGCAUGGAUGCUCGGCCAUUCAGCGUCUCCAAAUGUAAAUUCAUCGCCUUCUUCAAAGAACUCCCCUUCAGCCAUGAAACGGAAUUUGCCAUCGAAUAAAAAUUCCUCCUUAAAUCUGAAAAGGCCCUUGUCCAAAAUGUCGUCUUUGUCCGAGAAAUCCAAAAUGUUUAAACACUCCUCAAGUGAGCAACCACUUACUGCUAAAGAAGCAAGACCCUCUACCCAUAGAGAUCCAUCCUCAUCACUCAAUGACACGUGCAACAGUACUUCAGCAGCUAGACCACAAUCAAAGACAGCCAUGUCCUGUGCACUAGGUAGUUCAGGGGCAGCGUCAAUGUCUAGCAGAAGUAGCAACAAUCCUCGCAAUCAUCCAUCUCGCACUGCAGAACCUCCAAAGUCUUCUGCUAUGACAACCACUUCUCCACAGACUGAAAGUGGAAACGAGUCGUCUCAUCCGGAACCGCUUCCAAAGGUUGCAAGUCAGUUUCAGUGUCAAGAUUGUGGCUUGCAGUUAAGCAGCAGAAACUGCUUAUACAAACAUAAAAUGAGAAAGCACAAGACCACUAAUGAGGGUCCUAAAGCUAAGGAAAGCAAACAUGUUUGGCUGGAGUGUACAGGAAAACAGUCAAGGAGGACCCCCCUUCAGUGAUGGACUGAGUACUGUUGACUGGAUAGAGUGUGGCAACUGCAAAGUCUGGGUUCACAUAUUAUGUGACUAUGUAUGUAUAUGUGACUUUGUAUACUAACUAUGUAUGCUGCAUGUGUCAUACUCCAUAAUUGAGGGACAGCAUCGUCUUGAGCAUUAAGGGGAAAGGGUGUCAGAGAAUGUUCAUGGUCUAUGGCAGAAAGUUCCAAAUUUUCCUGACAAUUUUUGAAUUUGUCUGACAUCAUUUUGAUAAGGUAAGCUCUGCCCACAGGGCAUUAGGUGUGAAAUCACUUUCAUAGCAACCUUGUUUCGAUUUCUCAACAGAGAUGACCAUUUUUUUGCAAUUUUUCUUUCAUUAACUUUUUUCCCAAAUUAUGAUUAGUGAGUCUGAACUAUAUUUGUGCUUUGUUAGAUCACAAAGAGAUUUUUAGUUUUUAGGGUUUGUCUGAGGUUUUUAGGAAAUCCCAAAAUGCAAGAUGGCAGAUCCAAGGCGACAGAAUCUGAACAGCUUUCACAUUACAGAUAACAAUUAUCUGUUAAAAUCGUACAUUUUUGAGAGGACUAUGAUCUGUCUGAUUUUCAUCCUUGUACUUGUAUACCUUUUGAAUUAGCAUGUAUGCAUUUUCUGUCCUCCCACUCCAAGAAUAUCUUUCUAUCUGCCUGUCUGUAUGUAUGGAAAUGGAGGUAAGCAAUAGUAAGAAAAACUGUCUUUGGUGUGUGGGCACACUAAGGUAAAUCACAGUGUAGUGGUAGUUGUAAAACACCUAUCCCAGUUUAGUGGAUUACAUAAUUAGUAAACAUUCAUAUAUAGGCUUAGAUACAUGAGGCCCUAUUAGGGGUUUUCAGGAAACGGGAUAUUUAGGUAAAAUAAAAAUAGCAUACGUAUUAUAUAUUUAACAAUUAUUCUACGAACGUGCAUGCGUUGGAUAGGACAGUUGGCUAUGAUCAUCUCAUAUCCAAUAAGCGCGAGUGGAAUAAUUGUUUUUUUAAAGUGCCACUUCGAUGAAAUUUUCGAUAUCCAUUUUUUUACAUUUUCGUACACAAUAGGUCUUUCCUAGAUCUCUUGCCAAUUUUCAAUCUGUUACAAACAUUAGAAUUCGCGGUUUUUGGACCUUUAUUUCUGAAAAUUUAUGGCCGCCAUUAAUUUUCCUUGUUCCAAGUCUUG